UGACUUUAAACGUAGGAAAGACACCAAAAUUUAUUUCUUAUUAACUUUUACCCUUACGCAUAGUAUAAGGUGUUUCUUUUUAAAUCAAACUUACAUUAAAAAUUAUUCUUGUAAGGAAUUUGGAAAACAUGUAUAUUUAUAGUUAAUCCUCUACACUGAUGGUAUCUUAAGAUUUGUAAAAAUGAUGAACCUCAUUAAUAUGAUGCAGAAUUAAAGGAAACUAAAUAAUCUCGUAAAACGACAACUUUUUUAAACAUUUUAUUUUCGGAAAAAAGGUGCAAAGUUUCACAGAAGGUUGGUUCUAAGCAAAUGUAAAUCAAUGCAUAAGAAUGAUUUGGGAUUUGAUUUUAAGAAGUAGUUUUUUGUCGUUUAUUUUUGUCUUCGGAUUGAUCGGUAACGUGUUUGUUAUAUAUUUUUUCUCUUUCAAAAUGAAAAAAGCACCAAACUUCCGUUGGUUAAUCAUACAUCUUGCAAUUGCUGACGUAAUUUACGGAAUAAUCACUCCAACCCAGUUUUUAUAUUUGCUUUAUACAAAUGGUGAAUGGCGGUUAGGUGUUGCAACGUGUAAAUUUGUACUGUUUGUUAGCCCAUUAACUACAAACGUAAGUGCAUGGAUACUAUGUUAUAUGGGUUAUGAGCGACAUAGAGCAAUAUGUUACCCGUUUUCGCCUCGAUUAUCAGUGCUAAACAUAAAUAUUGGUGUGUUUUUUAUAUGGGUAUCCUGUAUGCUUUUAAAACUACUACAUAUUUUACGAGGUGAUGUUUAUAUGAAAGAAUGCGUCUUUUCCGCUUUAAGCUCAACAGAAUAUAACGCAAACGCAAUCUUAACAUUAAUAGUUGAUAGCUUGAUUCCAAUGGUUCUAUUGAUUUACUUCUUGUUACGAGUAAAUGUGACGUUGCGGUUGCGUGCAAGAUAUUUAGACGACCUCAGAAGUAAUGUUCCAAGUAUUAAUAUGAAUUCAAUUUUUCUUGCGCAAAGAAAAAAUUUUUACAGAGAUGUAAAAAAUACAGAAAACGAUCUUUUUGUAAAAAUUAAUGAUGAGCAAAUUAACCCAUUUAGGUUGUCAAGAGCUGUGUCAUUUUGUGAAAAAAGGCGGAAUGCAAUUUGUUUUGAUCCAAGUCUGCAACGUGCUGCGCGUAUGGCACAAGAAGGUUAUUGUACAGAAAACAUAGAAGAUUUGAACAUAUGUAGACCUUUAUCAAGUAAAAAUCAGUUACGGUGUCAGAAUCACAGUAUUAAUACUUUAGUAGCUACAAUAAGUCGCAAACGAGCCUCAUUAAAAGAACUGUCAAGAAUAAGGAUCAAAGAAGCAGGUGAUCGAGCUAUUAUAAAUGUGUUUUCACUGACAGUCAUAGCCUUUUUUUUAUCAUCGCUUCCAUAUAAUAUUUUUUAUUUAGUAGUAAUACUGUUGUAUUCGUCUUUUUUUACGGAAGACGAUAUUAAAAAGCACAGAUCUAAAUUAAUGAUUGCAAAUAAUUGGCUUUCGCUUUUGGUUGUGUUUGGAUGCGUGAUUAAUAUUUUUAUUUACAGCGGAAUGUUUCCCAAUUUCCGUCGCCAGAUGCAUGGAUGGCUGCGUAGAAAAAGUAAAAGAACAGUUAGGUUAUUUUUUGUUUCGUGGAAGAAUAUUCUUAUUGGAGUACGAAGCUAAAAAAAAAAAAAAAAACAAUUAAAGAGACGCUUUUUAUAAUAUAUUUUUUUAAAUUUUUGUAUUUAAAGAUGUUGUAAAUAAAAGUCAAUAAUUAAGUUAUAUAAAAGUUUGUAGAGUACUUCAUGCACGUAAAGGCUGCACAGUUUGAAAACCGAUUUUAAAAACUAUUUUU